CACCGACGUCAAGAAACGCAAGCUUUCCAACACCACCAUGGAGAAAGACUCCCCCUCCUUCAAAAUCCGCGCUCUCCUUCAACAAAUUCGUCCCCAUUUUAUUGAGAUUCUUCGAACACCUGAUUUUCGGAAUUCUAAAGCAGCUGAUGAGAUUCAGAAACAGGUGAAGCUUCUCAUGGCGCUAAACAACCAGAUGGCCAUGGAUACAGGAACACAGAAGAAGUUUGCAUGGACACAUGAACAACAUUCACUCCAUAACAGGGUGUGUGCGAAAGAAAACGAAGAUGAGUUACCAACACAGCCGGUUCAACGUAGAUGCUCUGUUGAUAAACAACUGCCCGGUGCACAAUGGACUAAUUUUAUCCCAGAGAAGAAAGCAUUUGUUAGCAGCCAGCUACCGCGAAGCUACAUUGUGGGUGGUUCGAAUUUUGGUUGGAACUUCAUCACAUUUUCCGGCAGUAAACCAGUGUAUUAUGGUGUAACAAAGGAGGCAUAUCGAAGCAGUCACAUUAGAUAAGGAGAUGCUUUUAUGCUUUCGACUAAGGGAUCUUUUGGAGAAGAGAAAACAUCUAUGUAGUAAGGUGGAAUAACCCAACAGUUCCAGGACAACGAAAUCUGAC